CUCCUUCACUCUCUCCCUCCCUCAUCUCUCUCCUCCUUUACUUCCAACGAACAUCAUCGUCUGCAAACAUGCUCGGCAAAUCUCUUCUCGUCCUCGCCUCGGCCGCUCUGGCCCUUGGCACACCUGUCGAAAGGACUGUCAGCUGCCGAGCUCCGAUGGCUGACCCUCCUCUGCCCUUGACCGGCGGUGCCGCCGAACUGCCCCCCGUCCCCGAAGGCCUCAGCCUCAAGGUCAUCGCCCUGGGCCUCGGUAUCCAGAACUACUCGUGCGCCUCCGUCGGCGCCACUGCCGCCUCGACCGGUGCCCUGGCCAUGUUCUACGACAUGAGCCUGCUGUAUCCCGACUCCGGCCCCAACUCCCUCACCAUUGAAAAGUUCAACCAGCUGCCGGCCUUUGCCCUCAACCACCACGCCAUCCCCCUCCACUUCAACGACUCCACCGUCGGCCGCGUCGAGGUGUCCUCCCCCGGAGCCUCUCUCAAGCGCCCCUUUACUCGCGCUGCUCCUCUCGACCUCGGCGAGUACGGCAAGCUGCCCUUCCUCGGCCACCACUUCUUCAACACCGACGGCGCCCCGACCUUCAUCCUCGCCCGCGGCAGCUUCAACGUCGUCGCCGCGAAGAAGGCCUCCGUCCCGGCCCCCGGCAGCUCCGACCCCGGCCCAAUGGGCACCGGCGCCGUUGCCUGGCUCGCUCUCGACGCCAACCAGAACUCGCACGGCGCAACUCUCGUCUACCGUGUCGAGACUGCUGGUGGCAACUCUCACGGCUGCUCCAAGGCUGCUGGCCAGGACAGCACGAGCUAUGCUGCUCAGUACUGGUUCUAC